AGCACGUGGUGACCGGUUUAGUGUGUAAACAAAGUGGUGUUAAGGUCUUCGUGAGCACUUCUCGUAAAAUACUGUCGUUAGUCUGAGUACCUUUGAUUCUUCGACAUCGCGAGUCUACAAUGAGUUUUGACAAAUUUAAGGACACCAUAGACCAAGGAGAUACUGUUAUUCUUUAUCUGAGUGUUAAUAGCAUGCAUGCUAUUCAAGUUCAACCUAAAAUAAAAAACAGGAAAGAUGAAUGGGUUGACAAUGUUUUCCAGACGACUUACGGUGCCCUGAAGGUUCAGUCCCUUGUGGGAAAGAAGUUUGGUACUAAAGUGGCUUUGUCAAGAGGGUGGGCGUAUGUCUUACAUCCCACACCUGAACUAUGGACUCUGACUUUACCACAUCGAACACAAAUCAUAUAUACUCCAGACAUUAGCAUGAUCAUUUUUCAAUUAGAAAUAAAACCUGGAAGUGUGGUUGUUGAAUCUGGUACUGGAAGUGGCUCCUUGUCACAUGCACUUAUUCGCUGUAUCAAGCCACAAGGACAUCUAUAUACGUUUGAUUUCCAUGAAUAUCGUGUGUCAGUUGCUCGUGAAGAAUUUGAAGCUCACGGUAUUGGACAAUUUGUGAGUGUGGAAAAACGAGAUGUGUGUCAAGAUGGUUUUGGAACUGAACUGAACGGCAAGGCCGAUGCAGUGUUUCUCGAUCUUCCACAUCCAUGGGAAGCUGUGCCCCAUGCUGCUGCUUCUAUCAAGGAUUUGGGUGGACGGUUCGUGUCCUUCUCCCCGUGCAUCGAGCAGGUACAGCGCACCUGUGAGGCCCUCAGUCAGCAUGGCUUUGUGGAGAUCACCACCAUGGAGUGUCUUCAGAAAGAGCUGCAGGUGCAGACUCGCAACAUGCCCAUUUUGCAGCUAGACUUCCUCCAGCACAAGAGAAGUGUCCCAGCCGAGGACGCCCAAGUUGCAGCUGGAAUAUCUGGAGGCCAGAAACCAGAAAAGGCUGGCUGGAAGUCACCCGACAACAGAGAGCUGAGUCGCUUUGUGACAGGAAUGCCACCCCAGUCACUGACAGGUCACACAGGGUACCUGUCUGCCGCCACCUUGCCCCCAGUCUGGGCCAGAGUCACCCGCCCCAUGCGGGAUCAGCCUAGCCCGAGCAGCACACAGUGUUAAACAUUUCCUCGCUCAUGCUAUUUUGAUAAUAAAUGCAUUUUCUUUUAUUUAUGUUCCCAUAUCACUUUAUCAUUCCCACUGAUUGAAGGAGCAUUAGUCUGCAUUUAUAAACAAAUAAUCUCGUGCAUAUAAUGGAAACGGUUAAUAUGUCUGGUAAAUAUCUCUUCCUAAUUUUCCUUGGAUCCAGUACGUUAUUCACGAGUAUGGUAUCAAAAAUAAAGCGUGUACAACCUUUAAGAUCUCUUUUUUAUAAUUAGGAACAUUAAUCUUUAUAGGAUACACCAAAAUGUCUUGCCCUUUCAUCCGAUUCCUCGAUUCAGGAGAAAGCAACGUUCAGCCGUAACGCCUAUACCAAACAUAAGGGCUUCACUAACUCCACUUCCUGUCGGAAUAGAGGUUGAACUUUUAUUCUUCCUAGAAACGCUGUCAAAAUCGUGGCGAUCGGAACCCUAUAUUUUGUUUAGCAUUCUUCAUGCUGCUCAGUUAUUUGCAGGACUGUCUCCUUCAAUUAUCCAUUUCACUGCUGCAGAAAUAUUUAUUAUUCUUAUAUGCCAGAUGUUGUGACGUGUGUCUUUUAGGUUUUGUUUGCAGAUGUUGUUACGAAUUCAGAAAAUGGCUGGUAGGAAUUAUCUUAUUUUUUAUUUCCAUUUUAUGAAUAACUUCAGUCGAAGAUGUCUGUAGUACGGAGGAAAAUGUUCGUAACAUGAAUAUAUAUUGUAUGUGUUUCUUGUCGGCUGUGUAUACACGUACGAGAGUUCUUCACUCUGAUACCAUAUAAUAAACUGUUUAGUUCUUUCCAAGCAUCAGUUAGUGUUAAGAAAACAUGAAGCUUUGCUGAAACAUAAUUUAUUUUGUGUGAUACACUGCUUCAUUGUUUAAUAUCAAAUGGGAUAACUGAGCUGUGAGCUAGCUUAACGUUUUCUUGAUGAGUUUAAUUUAGAAAAUACAUGAUUUCUUUUGUUUUUAUUCUUAUAUGAUAACGUAUUAUUUGCAAUAAUAAAUUUUUGGCCUGAGUUCUCAAGCGAUCGCUACUUAUAUUAAUAAAAAUAUAAAUUUUAAGAGAUUCCUGAGGAGUUUAUUUUCACUUGCAUUAUUAAAUAAAUUUACUCGGCGUAGAAAGUACAGUUUCUUUUUUCUAGCACGAACAGAAUCCAAUUCACGAUUUUGUUAUUCUUUAUAACUGUAAAGUAAGAUUUACAUAUA